UCGUCGAGGCGCAUUCCUUCCCUCCCAUCCCUCGGGCCACCGCGGCAGCCCGGCCCUUAAACUAUUCCCUCCUUCCGCCGCGGUUGUCCCCUGCAUUGGUUUAAAGGAGGUACUAUACGGAGGGGGAGUGGGGUCCCCGCGCGCCGAUGGCCCUGCAUUCCUCAUUGCCGGAUUCCAGGGCUCGCCGCGCGCCGCCGCCAGCGGAGUUGUAGUAGCAGAGAGGGUUUUGGUUUGGGAUCGCGGGAGCGCCAGGAUCUGCCCGGAGGAGGCUGAUUUCUUUGAUUAAAGAUCCUUCGACCUUGGAGUAUUGGAGGACUUGCUGACCGGACUUGGAACUGAGAGAGGGAGAGGCUUGUUCUGGGUUCAGCUAUUGAUGUGAUGGCCUUCACCGGCGGCGAGGAAAAAAUGAAGGGUUGUCACCCAAAACUUUUCGGUACAAAGGAGAAGAAAUCUGCAAAGAGGACAGACGGUUCAAGCUACAAUGCAGCAGGUGACCUAGGACUAAGUUCUUGUAAGACAGUAUCCUCUUCCCCACUGAGAACAUUAUCAGGAGUUAAGAGCAUACGUCUCAGCCAUUUCCUGGCCCAACCCUCUAUGAAUAAAACAACUGAGACCCUCAGAAUAUUUGUCUCUACCUGGAAUGUUGGUGGGAAAGCACCUACUGCUGAACUGAACAUGGAUGAUUUUGUUCCACCUGAUGACAAUUCAGAUAUUUAUGUUUUGGGUUUUCAGGAAAUUGUUCCGCUCAAUGCUGGUAACGUGCUUGUGGUAGAAGACAACGAACCAGCUGCAAAAUGGCUUGUUCUUAUAAACCAAGCAUUAAACCGGCCUGCUGACAAUGAUACCAAUGUCUUUCAGCAUCAGCCAUCUCCCUCCAACGAAUCAACCUCCUCCCGAGCUUCUUCAAGCCUCGAUGCUUCAUUCUCUGACUUAACAAAAACAGCAAGUGGUUCUACAAUAUUUCAGAAGUCUUUUCUGAAAUCCAUUAGUAAACCCUUCAUGCCACUCCACAGAAAGCAGCUUAAGACCUGCAACUGCCCAAUCGAAAUGAUCAAAUCAUCUUACAAGGAUGCUUGCUUUCGACGCCCGAAAAAACACGUUGACGAGACUGAUUCCUCGGGAGAGGAAGAGAAAGAGAAUACAAGGGAUUCUCGCAGCUCUGUUCUAAGUGAAGUAAUUUCUGCUCCCACUGCAAGGGAUCAACUAAAAUAUAAUCUCAUAGUGUGCAAACAAAUGGUUGGUAUUUUUGUCACUGUUUGGGUAAAGAAAGAACUAGUGCAGCACAUCGGCCAUCUAAGAACGUCGUGCAUAGGGCGAGGAAUUCUGGGCUGUCUAGGAAACAAGGGAUGCAUAUCAGUAAGCAUGACAGUGCACCAGACAAGCUUUUGUUUCAUCUGCAGCCAUUUGGCUUCAGGUCAGAAAGAAGGCGAUGAAUUCAAAAGAAACUCUGAUGUUCUAGAGAUACUGCGGCUCACGCUGUUUUCAAGGCUUUGCAGGAGAGCUGGGCGAAGAAUCCCAGAGAGAAUUCUUGAGCAUGACAAGGUGAUAUGGUUUGGGGAUUUGAACUACCGUAUUGCACUGAGCUACGCAGAUACAAAAAAGUUUUUGACAGAAAAUAAUUGGGAUGCCCUUUUUGAAAAGGAUCAGCUUAAAAUUGAACGGGAUGCUGGACGAGUGUUUAAGGGGUGGAAUGAGGGGAAGAUAUAUUUUGCUCCAACAUACAAGUACUCCUGCAACUCGGAUGCUUAUGCUGGUGAGACUGCAACAUCAAAUAAAAAGAGGAGAACACCAGCAUGGUGUGACAGGAUAUUGUGGCGUGGAGAUGGCACUUCACAGUUAUCCUACUACCGCGGGGAGUCCAAAUUUUCAGAUCAUCGUCCUGUCUGUGGAACCUUCAUCGUCGAGGUCGAGGCAUUAGAUAGAAAGUCAAGGAGGCGCUCGUCUAAUGCUGAUAUGAGAAUUGGUGCUGAAGAGCUGUUACCAAAGGACAAGAAUAAGGGUAAAGGCCUAUCACGGAGUCUGAGCUCUAAAACACCACAGUAGCGUGCAUACCAGUUGUACAAGGAAAAGACGUAUAUGCACCAUGUUCUCAAGAAUCCCUCUUGGGUUCUGUCUGGACGGUGGAUAAAAACCCAGCCUGGUGCUCCUCUUUCAAACGGGGCAACAUGCUCAGCAGUGAUUGGUAUAUACAAUUCUCUGAAAAAUGUCUGGGGAGGUAUAAGGAUAAUGUCUAAUCUGUAUAGCCGAUUCAGCUAUUCUUUCCAAUGCCCUUGCAAAGAAAAGACAAGUCUUGUUCUCAAUGAAAUGGUUUGGUUAUAUAUCUGAUAUGAUUUAACCGCCUAAUAUUCUUUUCUCUAUUAUCUUUGCUACGUGGAAGAAUGAUUAGUUGCACUAUGACAUCACGAAGC